AUGGAAAAAAACAUAAAAAAUAAAGUCGUCGUCAUUACAGGCGCUUCCAGAGGAAUUGGCUACAGUAUUGCUGAUACAUUUUUAAAUGAAGGCGCAAAACAUUUAGUAAUUUUAGACAUCAAUGAAGAAGUUGGUGAAAAGGCCGCUACCACGCUUAACAGCAAAUUUGGUGCAAAAAAGGUGUCAUUUUUUAAAUGUGAUGUUAUAAUUGAUUUAGAUAGAGUUUUCGAUAAAAUCUUGGAGAAAUUCAAAACCAUCGAUAUUCUCAUUAAUAAUGCUGGAGUAUUACAUGAACAAUGCAUCAAGAAAACAAUAGCGGUUAACACUACUGCUCUGAUUGAGUGGACAAUGAAAUUCUGGGACUGCGCAAGGAAAGAUAAGGGAGGUGCUGGAGGCACUGUGAUAAACGUAGCGUCUUUAUAUGGGUUCCUUGUUGAUCCAUUUCUACCAUUUUAUAAAGCUUCAAAACAUGCUGUUCUUGGCUUUACCAGGACAAUCGGUCAUAGAAUUAACUACGAUCAAACUGGUGUCAGAGUUAUUGCGAUUUGCCCGGGCUUUACAAAAACAGCAUUGGUGGAAAACACACAGUUGAAUACAAGUCUGGAAUUCCAGAACGAAAAAUUUAUUAAUUUUAUGAACAUGAGUGUAUGGAUGGAAGUUGGUGAUCUGGCCAAAGCAGUUGCUGAAAUGUUUGGGAAAGCUGACAGCGGUACGUGUUGGAUAAAAUUUGGAGAUGAACCACUUACAGAACUUCGUGUACCUCCAGAAUUUCGUUCUGAAAACUAUAUUAAAGGCGAACUUUAA